GAAACAACAUACGCUCAUGGUUUUUAAGUGAAUGGUGUUCAAGAACCGAGGCCGUUUUCCAUGUCUGUAAGAUAAAAGAUAAAAUAGUCGCCUUCUCCGUCAGGAGAAUUUCAAUGAACUGAGCGAAUGUGUGACGUUUAAAACAAGCUUGAAAUAAUUAUUAGUCCUUAUACGGAACAGUCGUCUGUAAAAGCUAAACGAUAACGGUUAAAAGUAGCAUAACAUUGUUAAACUGCAUGAUGACGUGGUCGAAAUUUGACAUGCUUCGCGGCUGUGAAAUGCGUCACCAUGGCAAGAACACGGGAGCUGUCGGAACAGUUGCCCACCAGAAGGGAGCGCUGCUCUCAAUGUCGCGUAAACAGAGGCGAAUUAUGACGACAAAGAAGAGGCGUACGACCACAACACCACAAACAUGGCUGCUGACAGUGAUCCCGAGUUAGAAGUGUUCGAGAUCACCGACUUCACCACAGCCUCAGAGUGGGAACGGUUUGUUUCCAGAGUGGAAGAAGUGCUAAACGACUGGAAAUUGACUGGCACCUCAUCAGGACGGGGGACAACAGAGAAGGGCGAAUACACCACCGGAACAUGGGAGGAGGUGACACAGGAGAUAAAUUUUGCUGACUUUAAAUUUUCCAUCACUCAUCACUUUCUUAAGCAAGAUUCCAAGGAGGAUGCAGCCGUGGAGUCUGAGGAAGAUUCCUUUCCACUGGCAAUGCAGGACCUUCUGUGCACCAACAAUGACUUUCCUCCACGAGCACAUUGUCUGGUCAGAUGGUUUGGCAUUAGAAGAUUUGUGGUCAUAUCACCAGGGACAAGCUGUGAGGCGAUUGUCAGUGAGUCAAAAUGUAACCUCCUGCUGAGCUCUGUCUCCGUUGCAUUGGCCAACAGUGGCUGUCAGGUGCCAAUAUUUGUGCAAAUUCAGCAGAAAUGGAGGAGGAUGUAUGCUGGCCAGUGCCAAGGACCUGGGGUCUGCACCGAUUUUGAGAUGGUGCACCUCCGUAAGGUGCCGAGCCAGUACAAUCAUCUGUCAGGCCUGCUGGAUAUCUUCAAAUCUAAAACUGGUUGCAGCCUCUCUCCUUUACCCAUGAUCAACAUUGCUGUCCGUUUCACCUACAUCCUCCAGGAUUGGCAGCAGUACACAUGGCCGCAGCAACCUCCAGACUUUGAUGCCCUGCUGGGGGGUGAAGUUGGAGGAGUUGAGUUUGGCAAACUUCCAUUUGGUGCCUGUGAAGAAACAGUCAGCGAACUUCAUCUAGCUGCUACCUGGCCGCACCUGACAGAGGGUAUUGUUGUGGAUAAUGAUGUCUACAGUGAUCUUGACCCUGUUCAGGCUCCUCACUGGACAGCCCGGGUUCGAACAGUGGAAAACCCACAGUGUUUAAUGGGUGAUUUUCUAACAGAGUUUUUCAAACUCUGCAGCAGAAAAGAGUCCACAGAUGACAUCCUCGGAAGAGCUUUUAUGGAUGACGAGGGAAAAGAGAAUGGUGACAUCAGUUCAGCUCUGUCAAAGUUGACGGAGCCAGCAGCAGCGGUGCCCAUCUCCAAGCUGUCUGUGUCCAACAUGGUGCACAGUGCCCGAAAACGCAUCAGACGCCAUCGCCGUGUUGAUGAGUCGCCGCUGAACUCUGAUGUUCUCAACUCCAUUCUUCUGUUUCUAUUCCCAGAUGCUGCUGUUGAAAAGUCCUCUGAGCCGACAAAUAAUGCUGCACAGGUCAAUGAUGUGGAAGGGGGGACCAAAGAGAAGAACUCUGACGACUUUUGCUUCCUGCUAAAAUCAGCACCCAGUGACAGCCUGACGUACAGACUGGCCCUUUGUUUGGCCGCAGUCAACUUCUACCACGGCGGGCUCAGAGCUGUUGCUCACCUUUGGCAGGAGUUUGUCCUGGAGUUGCGCUACCGCUGGGAGAACAAUUACCUCAUUUCUGGCCUGACUGGUGGAGCCCCUGAUCUUCGCUGUUGUCUGUUGCACCAGAAAUUCCAGAUGCUGAACUGCUGCAUCGAGAGGAAGAGAGCCAGGAAUGAAGCUCAUCGGCUGCCUGCUGGAAGCCUGGAGAGAGAGCGUGGCUCAUCCAGGUUGACCAGAGAGUUGUCUCCAGUGAAGUCUUGGGACUCGCUCAGUGACAGUGAGGAGGAGUUCUAUGAGUGCCUGAGUGAUCAGGGCGACAGCGAUACUCCACCCUCAGAGAGGGUCAGAGACGGCAGUAGGAUGAAAGCCGAGGGACGCAUGCACCCCUUUAACAACGCCACACUACUAAAUACAAAGGAGCAAAUCUAUAUUCCUGUGACACAGGAACCGGCUCCAGUGACGGAGGACAUUUUGGAAGAACAGUCAGAAGUCCUUGCUAAGCUGGGCACGAGUGCUGAAGGAGCCCACCUGCGUGCUCGAAUGCAAAGUGCAUCACUGCUGUCUGACAUGGAGUCGUUUAAGGCAGCAAAUCCUGGCAGUGUUUUGGAGGACUUUGUCCGCUGGUACUCCCCAAGAGACUACGUGGAAGAGGAGGGCUUUGAUGAGAAGGGCAACAGCAUCAUGAGAGGAGAGCUCAGUGCCAGGAUGAAGAUCCCUGGCAACAUGUGGGUGGAAACGUGGGAGACAGCCAGGUCGACUCCUGCUCACCGCCAGAGAAGGUUGUUUGAUGACACCAAAGAGGCAGAAAAGGUUCUCCACUAUUUGGCAGUUCAGAAGCCUUCAGACCUGUGUGUGCACUUCCUGCCCUGCCUCCUGCAGGCAUCCAUUUCUUUGGUGACAGAAGAAGAGGCAGUAGAAGAUAUCCCCUCUGUGAAAAAGAGCCUUCAGCAAACUGUCUCACAAGCCAGCAAGGUUCUUCAUCAUCAUACUUACGAGGUUAAAAAGCUGGAGGAGUGCCUUAACCAGCUGGUCGCCAUGGAGACUGUCAUCACAAGGUCACGCUCUCUCAAGACCAAAUUUGGCCUGACGGAGUGUGAAGGGGCCGAGAAGGACAAGGAGAGCCAAGACACCGAAGAGCUGCGGAAGUUUGUUAGCUGUUUGCUGGAAGAGCCAGAAGUGGUUGUUGUCGGAGGUGGACAGGGCCAAGUGGGCCGCAUCAUUCACCAACUCUUCCUCAAUGCUCAGACGGCUGCUCUGCUGGCACCCUCAGACAGAGAUGCUGAAGAGAAGCUGAGCGGAGGAAACGGCAGUGCUCUCGACUUCCCUCCUCCAACGGGCCGAGAGUUCCUGCUGCGCAUGUGUGUCCCCCGACCAGCUCCGUACUCCAAGGCUCUGCCUCAGCGACUCUUCUGUGUGCUGCUCAGGGAUGAGUUUCGCCUGGCCGGAGCCUUCUCCUCAGAUACAUCCUUCUUUUAACACAUGCUCUGUUCAGCGCUUGGAUUUCUAAUCUUCAACAGUCGCAAUGUACCAAAACCAUUUUAAUGUGACUCUAUUUCAGUUUUAUCACAACAAUAAUGAUCCAAUGUUGGACACUGCAGGAAAUGAGGAAAGAUGUUCGCAGUAGAAAUGUUUUAAAGCACAUAGUCUUGCUUAACAGUCAUGUGAUCCACCAUCCAAAUCUAUAAUGAUAAUAUAUUUCAUGUCUUUUUGUGUAUGUCUGAUCUGCCAUUAAAAUGAACCGCCAC